AUGGCUGUAGUUGUUAGAUUUGUUGAUAAACUUGGUGCUGUUAGAGAGAGUUUUAUCGGAAUUGUUCAUGUGAAAGACACGGCUUCUACAACUCUUAAACAAGCCAUUGAUAAAGCGUUGAUUUUGAAAGAUAACCCGUCUGCACAUUACAUCCAUUGUUUUGCUCAUCAACUUCAGUUGGUUAUAGUCGCUGUUGCAAAAAAACAUGCCGGUGUGAAAACUUUCUAUGAAUUCCUUUCCAUGGUUGUCACUACGGUUUCAGCUUCUUGCAAACGAAAAGAUAUGUUAAGGGAGGAAAAAAAGGCGAUAGUGGAAAAAGAGAUACUUGAAGGUGAAAUUAAAACGGGUAAAGGAUUAAACCAAGAGGUUUCCCUAGCACGAGCCGGUGAUACGCGAUGGGGUUCACAUCAUAGAACCAUCAUCAGUUUGCUUAGAUUGUUUCCGGAAGUUGUUACCGUACUUCAAUAUGUUAAAGAAGAUGGAGAUUGCAGUCAACAACGGACAAAUGCAAAAGGUAUUCUAUCCUAUUUUAAAAAACUCGAGUUUGUUUUUUAUAUGCAUUUGAUGGGAGAUAUAUUAAGUUACACAAAUGCUCUUUCAAAACACCUUCAACAAAAAGGUAAAGAUUUAUUAGAAGCGGCCAACUUGAUAAAUGGUACAAAACGAGCAUUAAAUGAUUUAAGACAAAAUGGGUUUGAGCCGAUGUUGGAAAAAGUGACUUCCUUUUGUAAAAAAUAUGACAUUACAAUGUUGGACAUGACGGAAAGUUAUGGUAAUCCAAGAAACCGAAAGAAUGUCAUUACAAAUCGACAUCAUUUUGAAGUAGACAUUUUUAAUGAGGUUUUGGACAUGCAAAUUCAAGAACUAGGAAAUCGAUUUAAUGAGGUAACAACUAGUUUGAUAAAAAAUAUGUCGGGUUUAAAUCCUUCUAACGGUUUAUCUAAGUUUGACCCAUCGAAGAUAUUAGCGUUUGCUAAGAUGUACCCGGAUGAUUUUACUACACAAGUAAUAGGGAGUCUUUUGGGUGAUAUUGAGUCAUUUCGUCACACAAUAAGCGAUGAUGAUAACUUUGAAGACUUGAAUGGAAUAAGUGAUCUUGCGCGUGUUAUGGUUGAAACGGGAACGCAUAGUUCUUGUCCUACAGUUUAUCGGGCUCUUUCUUUGUAG